AGCUCAGAAUAACGCAAGAGACUACACAGACAACUACACAGCCUUUUCUUAACACUGCAACAUCCCGAUCGCGCUUGGAUUAUAACUAUGACUCUGGAAGAGAUUCACGGACAAGAGAACACAAUGGAAAACGCUGAUAGGGUGCAAAGUGCAGGCGCAGCCCUGGAGGAGCUGCUGAUCGCUGCUAAGAAGCAGGACUACCUGACAGUUGGAGUUUACGAAUCUGCCAAAGUCAUGAAUGUUGACCCAGACAGCGUGGCGUUCUGCAUUCUCGCCACCGAUGAGGAAUACGAGUGUGACAUUGCUCUUCAGAUCCACUUCACUCUCAUCCAGGCUUUCUGCUUUGACAACGACAUCAACGUGGUGCGUGUCAAUGAUAUCGACCGCCUGGCCGACCUCGUGGGUGCCGAUGAAACCGGCGAGCCCAAAGACGCACACUGCAUUCUUGUCACGAGCCCUAGUGCAAACCCAUGGAAAGACCCUGCUCUGGACAAGCUGAGUGUAUUCUGUGAGGAAAGGCGCAGUGUGUAUGACUGGGUGCCCACUAUCACACUCCCAGAGCGCUGAAGUGACACCCCCCUGAAGUUGCUUCACAUGAUUAUGAUGAUGAUGAAAAGAAAGUCAAGGAGCUGAGCUUCAGCUGGGGGCCUCAUGCCUUUCUGCCUCACAUGUCUGGAUUAAGAGGCUGUGGCUGUAACUCCCCCCUUCUGCAAGAGCACACUCUUCCAGUGCAUCCUGGGUGAGCCCGUUGGUUCUGGAUUACCCUGUGCAAGGGUUCAGACCUCAUGUGUGAACUUGUUCAGGUGUAUGUGGAGUGGACAGAACGCCUGAUGGACACUGAGAAUGGAGCUGGACUGUACUGCAUAGUACCUUAAAGAUGGCAAAUGGUAACCCAGUGACUGCCCUUUAACAGACUGGCGGGACUAAGCAGAGAAGGUCACAGAGAGCGAUACUGUGCAAGAGAUGGACUUAAGAAAGUGGACUGGACUCGUCAGAGGGGAACAAGUCAGGUGCAGAUUCAGAAGAAGGUGUCUGAAAGUGUCUAAACAAAGGACUUUUCUUUAUGAGUGCAGCUGUCAGGAAGUUCUUGGAAUAAGCAGAAACUGCUUGCAAAUCCUGAUGUAAAGCUGACACUUUUUUAAUGGACUAUUCAGUUUUCUUUCACAUAUGCAGACAGCAAUGCAGUAUUGAUUUGUGUUGUACUGACUUGAAAUGCUUUGUGAAUAAACAUUUGGAAUCAAA